AUGUUGAAUCUUGAGAAUGAGAAUGUCGGAAUUGUUGUCUUUGGUAGUGAUACCUCUAUCAAAGAAGGAGAUCUUAUCAAACGUACUGGAUUUAUUGUGGAUGUUCAUGCGGGAAAUGUUAUGUUAGGGCGUGUGGUCGAUGCAACAAUACCAUCAGAACAUGAAUUACCGAAGUUGAAAAUCAACCCAGACAUUGUGGAGUUUGAUAUAGACAUUAUGGAAAACGAGAUAAACAUUGUGUAUCCAUUAGUUCCCUUUUUCUCUGGCUGCCCCAUGCAAAAAUCUUUUGAUACUUGCUUUGAUCCUUCAUUCUUGACCAAAGUUGCAGUGCCACCUUUCUCCAAGAGGUUGAAAUCUUCCGAACGGAAUUUCUCUUGGACUUGCCUUGAAAUAGAUUCUGAUUGGCUUAGUUCAAGGGACGGUGGUGGCAUCGCCAAAACCACACUAGGUAUCAUUGGCCACUUGCAUUAG